AUGCCAGCACCCUCGAAUCAGCGCGGAGACAUUGACCCGCCCCCCGAAGUCAUGCAAGAAGCUGUCAAGGGUUUCUUCACUGGUGCCGCUCGUUACGGUUCGAUCUCCAUCCUCGCGCACUUAAUCCUCCUCCUUCCACACCCACUCCGUUUUGCCUCCUCUAAUCCUCCCUCCAACACCUCCUCAUCCCCAAGCUCUCCAAUGUCUAGUUCCCAUGGACACCCCGAACCCAAGCGCAGACCUACCCCACACACUCCCCUCCUCUACCGCCCCUUAACCUCCCUCUCCGCCAACCUCGCCCCAAUCUCUCGCAUCUACCGCGGCCUGACUCCACAGUUCAAGGUGUUUCUGCAGCUGAGCUCAAUGACGCUGGGCGGUUGUAUCUGGGCGGAGAAGAGGGUGAAUGAGUAUUUGGAUGUUAUGAGGAAGCUGAAACGGGUGGAGAGGCUGGAGGCGGAAGAAACCCGCAUUAAUAGAAGGCUUCCAACAUUCGAGAAGGUUUCCACAACGGGAUUGAGAAUUACACCACAGCUUUGGAGACGUCCACCACCAAAUCGAUACGGCGUCGUUGUCCCUGGAGUCUGCUCUUCUAAAGGGGAGCCUAUUUUAGCGUCUUCAAUUAACCACCAAGAUUUGACCAAUCGAUGGGCCUGUUGGGGGACUGUUUCGCUAGUAUGGAAGAUGUCAGAACUCCAUCCCAUGAGGUCUCUGAGCAUUGUUAUAGGAUCUGAUCAUAGUGAUGGCCGUCGUUAG